GCCUGCUCGGGGCGUUGCGGGGCGGAGCGGGGCGGUGCCCAUCCCGCGGCCGCCGCAGACGGUGCUGCUCGGGGCUGCGUAUCCCUAUCCCCGCUCCCGUUGUCUCUGCCGAGCGCCCGGCGCGCCCAGCGCAGCUCCGGACUGAUGAAGAAAAUACUUCCUAUGAAGAGUAAACGUACUUGAUUCUGGGAAAAGUCUUAAAGCACUUCUCAUCUCAAAGCUGGAGAGAAGUAUGAAGGAACAAUCCAUCUGACUCUGUCAGCAUCUCACGCAGAACACAAAAUGGCUCUUCAGAAAAAAACUGUUGCUGAUGUUGUGGAGGAGUGGUGUUUGGAGGAACCACUAUUCGGUUGCAGACGGCACCAGAAUGUUAGGAAAAAACUGAGACUGAUACGAAUUAUAGGGCUUCUUGUCAGUGUAGUGGCCAUUAGUACUUUCUCUCUUUCUGUUAGUGCCUUUUUUGAGAUGGAACCCCAUAGUGUGGUAUGGGCCAGCAGCCUAGAUAGCCAAAAGCUGGUGCGUGGGCACCAAAGAACUCUGUUGGAUUUCCCGGAACAGAAUGAAAAUGGCACUCCAGACCGACACAUUUCUAUGAAACAUGAAGCUGAGCACGGAAAUGCAACAGAUGAUUCUGCCAAGGGAGAGUACCCUGAGGACCUUUUCUCUCUUGAGGAGAGAAGAAAGGGAGCAGUGAUCCUCCAUGUAAUUGGAAUGAUUUACAUGUUCAUAGCCUUAGCCAUAGUCUGCGAUGAGUUCUUUGUUCCCUCUUUGACUGUCAUCACUGAAAAACUGGCCAUAUCCGAUGAUGUGGCAGGGGCAACCUUCAUGGCUGCUGGUGGGUCAGCCCCAGAACUCUUCACUUCUUUAAUAGGAGUGUUUAUAUCCCACAGCAAUGUCGGUAUUGGUACAAUAGUGGGAUCUGCCGUGUUCAAUAUCUUGUUUGUUAUUGGAAUGUGUGCUUUAUUUUCUAAAGAGAUCUUGAACCUUACUUGGUGGCCACUCUUUCGAGAUGUGUCUUUUUACAUCAUUGACUUGAUCUUGCUAAUCAUCUUUUUUCUGGAUAAUUUGAUCAUGUGGUGGGAAAGCGUGACACUCCUGACAGCAUAUUUUUGCUAUGUGACUUUUAUGAAGUUCAAUGUUGAAGUAGAAGAAUGGGUGAAGAAGUUUUUGAGCAGGAACAAGGUUGAGAAGGUAACAACAGCAGAUGCUGAAGGAAAGUCACCUAAUGCUGGCGACAAGGAUGACCAAACACUUACGACGAAGCCACGGCUCCAGCGGGGAGGAAGUUCUGCAUCUCUCCACAACAGUCUGAUGAGGAACAGCAUCUUUCAGCUCAUGAUUCACACACUUGACCCACUUGCUGAAGAGCUUGGAUCAUAUGGAAACCUAAAAUAUUAUGACACAAUGACUGAAGAAGGAAAGUUCAAGGAAAGAGCCUCAAUUCUGCAUAAGAUCGCCAAAAAGAAGUGCCAGGUGGAAGACAGUGAAAGGCAGAAUGGAGCUGCUAAUCAUGAAAAAAGUGCGAAAGUAGAAGUUGCAGUAACGCCACCGAGUGAUUCAGGACCAGUGCAGAAUGGAAUUGCUCACAAUGUUGAAGAAGAGAAUGAAGAGGAUGAGGACCAGCCUCUCAGCCUGGCCUGGCCUGACACUCCACGCAAGCAGCUCACCUACCUUCUUGUAUUUCCCAUUGUUUUUCCACUGUGGGCUUCCUUGCCGGAUGUCAGAAAACCUAGCUCAAGAAAAUUUUUUCCUAUCACAUUUUUUGGGUCUAUCAGCUGGAUUGCAUUUUUUUCUUACUUAAUGGUCUGGUGGGCACAUCAGGUUGGAGAGACCAUUGGUAUUAGUGAAGAAAUCAUGGGACUGACUAUUCUAGCUGCUGGCACAUCCAUUCCUGACCUUAUUACCAGUGUUAUUGUAGCACGCAAAGGUCUGGGGGAUAUGGCUGUAUCCAGUUCUGUUGGGAGUAACAUAUUUGACAUCACAGUGGGCCUUCCUCUUCCAUGGCUCCUGUAUGCUGUGAUUAACAGCUUUGCCCCGGUGACAGUCAGCAGCAAUGGUCUGUUCUGUGCAACUGUCCUCCUCUUCAUCACGCUGCUCUUUGUCAUCCUCUCCAUCGCUUUCUGCAAGUGGAAGAUGAAUAAAAUCCUGGGCUUUCUCAUGUUUGGUCUUUAUUUUGUGUUCCUGAUUGUCAGUGUCCUUCUGGAGGACAAAGUGAUCCAGUGUCUUGUCUCCAUCUAGUGGAAAGUGCUGUUUCUCAAGAGAAAAAAAAAAAAAGAAAACCACAGACAUACAGAUUCGUUCAGAAGAAGAUGUAUAUCAAAGUGAAACAGCGAAAAACCACAAUGCAUAACUUCUUGAGAAUAUACCGUGGAUUUGUAAAUUUCCUCUUCCUCAAUUUUAAAUAUGAGAAAGAAAGAAAAGGGUACAACGGAUGGAUCUCGGAGCUCAAAAUGACUGCUGCUGGACAUGUGAAGGGCUGAGGCCAGUGGUGCAGAGGUUUUCUUUGUCUGCUGCAGUACAUCCUCGCUGCUCAGUACUGGAGUUGCUGCACACGCACGGAAACAGAGAAAGUUACUGGAUCUCCUAUGCCUGCAGUACCUAUCCACAGACUUCUUCUCUAUAGUAGUAUAUACAGACACACAGUGCGCUCAGUUCUUAAAGCUCUCAUCUUCUAAGGGGAAUGCUAAUAUUAACUUUGUGGAGGCACCACCCCCCACACACCCUGGUAUGGGAUUUUCUGAUAAUCUGCUGAAACUCCUGAGUGGAAAGCAUACAGCAAGUGCAUGAGUCACAGACAGGAAAGAGCUUGCACAUGUCCUCGUAUAAGUGGAUUUGUAUGAUAUGAUUUCAGCAAAGCCAGGGAUUUCAUCAGUGUUUUGAUCCUCUGCAUCACAGGCCUGUAGAGGCAAUCAGCAGGAUGUAAAUGGUGGUUUAUUACAUCUUGCAAAACUCUUCAAAUUCCAGAAGCUCUGGCGUUAGCACUAAAGUGGCUAAAGCACUUUGUAACUGGUGCAGAAUUUUAUUGCAUUCACAUGCAAAGACCAGAAUGGGGAUACUCCUUCUUCUCUAACAGCACCGCAGCAUGCAGAGAGAUCAUACGACUAGUAUGUGAACACACCAUUUUUUUCUAAUGCAGCAAUACGAACAACAGUACCAAUGGCUUUCAGAUGCUGUUAUCAUUAUGCAUUUGCCUCUUCAUGCCAGAAGAAAAAGGCUAAUUUGCUAAUGUGUAGUAUUUCAUGCAGAAAAUAGAAUUAGUUUUAAAGUGGCAGCCUAAUUGCUGAAAUAGAUACUUAUUUUACAGCCUAACUUUCACUAUUACUUGGAGUGUAAGGACCUUCACAGCUACAUAUAGUCAUUGCUGGAAGAGUUCCCCAGUUGAUGUACAAAGCCGAGGCUGUUCAUAUUUGCUCUCAUAAGUCUUGAAACUAGGUAGGAGAAACAAACAAUUUAAAUAUAGAGGAGCUGCAGGAAAUCUACACGAAAAUUUUUCAUUGUUCCUGGAAGUGUGAAUGUCUAAAGAAGCCCAGGAAGGAGUG